AUGUUGCCUGCUUCAGUAAGGCGAUUCUCAACACAUAUGGACUUUGUUGGUCAACAACGAGCUGAGCGAGUAAUGCAGGUAAGGCAGAAACAGAAACUUUGGCAUUUUAAUGUGGGAAAAUGUGUUCUUUACACUGCCGUUCGUUUAUAAAUUAAAUAUCAUAUAUUGAGCUUUUAGUUGAUCUUGGUGAUCAGUGGAAUCAUCGGUUUCUUGGUGGGCUUUUGGUUUGAACAGAUUUCAUACAUGGUAUUUACAAUUUUGGGCGGAUCAGCGUUCGCGGGUUUGAUUAUGUUACCGCCUUGGCCAUGUUUUCGCAAAAAUUCAUUGAACUGGCAGCCGGCUUUACAGUAAGUGUGUUAAUCUAUAACUUAUUGCUGUUUUAGAAAAACUGACGCCAAGGAGAGCGAAGAAGACAAAAACAAGAAGAAGAAGAACUAA